AUGAAAACGAACGCAGCGGCUAAGGUGCUGCAUCCAUCCAGCAGAAAAGCUAAGAAAUGCAUCUCCAAGGCCCAUCACGUAUCAAAAAUCCAAAAGAGGAAGAAGAUCCGUAAUUGCAAGGACGAGUUAAAGAGAUUGAAACUGGCCUGGUUCAAAGACAACAUUCCAAAGGACGCCACCUCCCUAUCGAUUCCGGAAAUUAAACAACUUAUGGCCAUAUACCUCCGAAGAUUCAGACCUGAGACUAAGGCGGAACAAAGAGAAGUCGAGAAUUGUUCCGUCUCAGUGUCUGUAGAUAUGUCCAACGAACUCGCUGCGCAAGAAAUGCGGGAGUAUAAAACGGCCGGUCUUUCUAUACCAGACCUGACCUCAAAAGUACAUUUGGAAAAGCUGAGAAAUUGGAAUGGCGGAAUCGCCACGAUGGACAAGGUCCCAAUGACUGUUAUAAAGGAUAUUGAUAAUAAAAAGUAG